CGCGCCUCGGAAAGGCCCGAGCCGGCCUCUUUCACUUUCUGAAGCGGCAACAAGCUAAUGUUUGUGGAACUUGUCCCGACGGACACUCCCACAUAAAAGAAGACAAAAAAGGAAAAAAAAGAAGCAAAAGACGGGUUUCUCGUUGCUGAAAAUGUUGGACUGUUAAAGCGAUCGGAGCUAAUCUUACAGCAGUUACCUUAAAGACUGCCGAAAAUAUGCUCGAUAAGUCUUCACAUUUAUUCUCAUCGACAAUUGGAAAGUUCAGUUCGAGUAAAAAGGAAAACAUAUGAAUGGAGAAGACUAGCUUCAAAAAGUCUCAGAAUAUUGCAAAAGUUUUGGGAAAAAGCAACUUCAAAGACGUCAUUGACAUUUAAACGGAUACAACUCAUUGCUUACGAUGGCAUUUAUUGACAAGUUUACUUGUAGAAGGCUUUGAAGUUUAAAUUGACUUCAAUCUAUGUUAAAGUUAUAAAUUUCAGCCUUGAGAAGAAAAAACUUCAUUACUAGGAUACAACUAACUGACGAGUUUAAAGUGCGUUAUACAGUUUGAAGAAUUGAUCAAAUUCAAUAUCCAUCUUGUCAAUUUCGGUAUCAGAACUGAACCAUCCUUAAUGUACGCCGACCCUUGAGGAAAAUUUUAUUUGGACAAUGUGUAUAAUCGGUAAAAAAGAAAUCUACUUUUAAACCAUAGAAGUAAUAUCGCUCACAGUAAAAAUCUGAAGAAAGUUCAUAUCUUGAAAGAAACUUCAAUGGCCUUCUCGGAAGAAAACGGGCUAUGUGAAGUAUGCCCUUCAACUCUACCUCUGGUGAACUUCUCAAACAUGACUCUUACCUUCGAUGACCGGCUUGAAGGAAACGGAACCGGGAACUUGACCGAAUAUGUCCCAUACGAAGAGAGAAUAGAAACGUACGUAGUUCCUGCCGUAUUUGCAGUGGUGUUUCUAGCAGGAUUUUUGGGAAAUGGUACCUUAAUUUGCAUCUUUUUGUUGCACAAAACCAUGCGAACUGUCCCCAAUACAUAUAUAAUGAGCUUAGCUGUAGGCGACUUUAUUUUGAUCGUCGGAACUGUACCUUUUAUUGGUACAAUUUAUUUUUUUGAAACGUGGCCUUACGGAGAGCUGAUUUGCAAAGUGAGUGAGUUUUUGAAAGAUGUAUCGAUGGGCGUAACAGUGUUUACUCUUACAAUGCUGAGCUUAGACCGAUACAUCGCUAUCGUUCUUCCAAUCAAAAAGCACACGAGAAGUAAUGCUAAAACAAGAACCAUUCUUAUUGCUUUAGGUAUCUGGAUGGUAUCUAUCGUUUUAGCAUUGCCAGGAGCAUAUUUUUCUUUCCUCUGGGAAGUUCCAGUCAGUAAACACAAAUCCAUCUACGUUUGCUACCCUUUCCCUGACCAUAUGAUGCCAUGGUAUCCUAAACUAAUUGUACUAGUCAAGUUUCUUCUAUUGUAUAAAAUUCCUUUGAUCUUUAUUGGAUCAUUUUACAUUAUGAUAGCUCGUCAUCUCAUAAUAAGCUCCAGAAAUAACGUUGGGCAGAAUCCGAGUCAUUUGAAGCAACUUAAGUCGCGUACUAAAGUUGCUAAAAUUGUUCUGGCAUUCGUUUUGAUCUUCGCUGUCUGUUUCUUCCCCAGUCACGUGUUCUUGAUCUGGUAUUAUUUUGAUUCCAACUCCAAUUAUCACUACAAUCAGUAUUGGCAUAGCUGGAAAAUUAUGGGUUAUGUACUGACGUUUGCAAACAGUUGCUUGAAUCCAAUUGCACUCUACCUAAUCAGCAGUGUCUUUCGAAAUUAUUUCAAGAAAUAUCUGUUUUGUUGCUGCUGCAAGCCACAAGAGAUUCGACGAGAAACCAUUACGGGUCACAGCACUACUUUACGAAACACAAUGGAAGGACGAAAUGUAUAACUAAAAUUUAAUUUUUGUUGCUUAUACUUAAACAAUGUAAAAUUGAUGUUACAAAUGAUGUGGUAUGUGUAUCUAAAUACAUUAUACAUAACUACUUUACAGAACAAGUGAAAUCUUUGAAGUAAUGAAAAAAUAAAUA